AUAAACACCAACUCUGAGGUUUGAUUUUGAAUAUUAAGAGAGAGCUUAGGGAGUCAGCUAUGCCAAUAACGCACACCUGACAGGUGGGAGAGGUGUGUUUGACAUGUUUCAGUCCGCUGAGUUGUCGGGUAUUAAACUGAUUUCUUUCCCUCCAGGCAGCUUCCACCAGUCAUUUGAUGACCACGGAUGUGUGUGUGUGUGUGUGUUUUCACAGUUCAAUUUGUAUACAUAGUUGAUGUAGUAAUUAGUUGACCAUUCGUUUUUUGUAUGAAGUGUUUAGAAUAUUUGCUUUACUCUUGCUUUCACAAGAAUGCGCGCGUCAAAAUGUUAUCGACAGCGACCUGACAUUAGCAACUAUUUUUAACAACAUACAAAGCAAAUUGGGAGUUGGAAAUCACAGAGCUCUGAGAUAACUGGAGGUGUCACGAUCCGAUCUGAUCUGGUUUUAAUGAGGGUAGGCAGUUUCGGCUCCAGUGGUUUUGCCGAACAAGCUGAAGGAGUGAACUUUUGAAGAACCGCAGCCUGAUGUCACAUUGCAGUGGCCGAUCACAUUAGCAGGCGAUCAGCCUGAGGCCACAGUACAGUGCAACGUCAUGUGUCGUCUGUAUUCACUAAGUUUGGGUCAGAACCAGGACGUGUUAUUUAGCAUGAACAAAUACUACAGAGGGAAAACAACAGACAUUUGAUAUCCAUUGAUAUAGACUAACAAUCUCUAGUUGGUCCAGCAUGCUAGGAGCACAACAACAUAGUAACUUUGUCAGCAAACUGAUCAGCAGGGGUUCCCUACACGUCACACACACACACACACACACCAUGGAUUGACACUCCCACACCACUGCAUCACCGUAUGCUUGCUAUGCUCCUGUAACGUAUGCGCCCACAGUCCAACACGACAUAUAUGGCAGGACAUCGCCACAGGCACCGUAAAGAAGUAGACUUAACUGAGGGGGCCGUCUGCACCAAAUAUCAAGCUUUUGUUAUUAUUGUUUUUAUGGAGACACCUGCGUAUAUAUUUAUACACAUAUACAAACAUGCAUAUGUAUGUUUAUGUGUUUGAGUGUGUGUGAAGUGAAGCUGUAGGGAGAGAAAUGAGUGUCAUACCGAUCUGCAACAUGUCAAACAGACAGGUGAGGUCUCUGAACCAGGUGAGUUCUUAGUGAGGAGGCAGUGACCUUAGUUCUGAUGUUGGGCUGAGAUGAGUGACUAAGACUCCUGUCUGCUUCAGGGCCCUUCAGAGGAGUCCCAGCACAGCAUCCACCCGGCUGAAGAAGAGCUGGACUGUGGAGUGUCUGUCUGAUGCCGGAGCUCCACCCACACUGACCCCACCCCGCACUGCACACUGAGACUGACUGAUCCAGACUGACCUCUGCCCCCCCUCCCCACAGAAGACUGUGUUUGAAUGUGACUCAUUAAAUUGUGUUUAUAUUCUCUCUUGCCUCCACCCCUCUCCCCACCCCACCCUCCUGAAUGUUGCGUCUGCCUCCUCAUGCUGUUCUCUGUCGACCUUAGGAGGACACCAAGAACCUGAGCCCGGAUGGACAGGAGGAACGCUCCAAGAGCUCAGAAUACCUGGAAGUCUCGGAGUCCUUGGGUGGCAUCCUGGAAGAGGUUCUGUCUGAGGACUUUCUAAUUCUUCUGGGGGACUUCAACACUAACAUGGACCACCAUGGAGACACCUGGAGGGGGGUGAUUGGGAGGAACAGGAUGCCUGAUCUGAACCUGAGAGAUGCUCUGUUAUUGAAUGACUGUGCUUGGUGGAUUGGUAAUAACCAGCAUCACGAUGGAACAUAGGUGAUGCAUAAGUGCACAUGUACCUGAUCACCUGAGGCCAGGGUCAAUGAUUGACUGUGUGGUCGUAUCAUCAGGCCUGCAGCUGAUUGUCCAGGUGGUGAGUUGGAUCAGAUGGUGGGGAAAGCAGCAGGUUAGACCUGGUUAACCCAAACGAGUGAGCUGGAAACAUCUGACAAAGAAGCCUGUCCGCCAGCUCCUAAGUCCCUCCUCUAGAAGAGGUUCUUGCUCAUCCUGGAGGAGGCGGUGGACAUGAAUCUGAGUGGACUAUGUACCAAGAACCAGCUGGUGGACCUCAGUGAGGGAGGCUGUCAAACUGGAGAGGGAGGCCUUUUGGUUGGUAGAGUCCUGGGGUCUUCAGAGCAGCGGACUGGAAGAGGCGCAGCCGCAGUCGUGACAGAAAGCGCAGCCGGAGUCGAGACAGGAAGAGGAGCCGGAGUCGAGAGCGCAAACACAGCCGCAGCAGAGACAAACGAAGAAGUCGCAGCAGAGAGCGACGCAGCAGCAGAGAGAGGGGGGGGCGCUACAGGGACCACCACAAGCACCGUCGGCGGUCCAAGAGUAAGAGUCCAGUCAGGAAAGAGAAGAGUCCAAUCAGACUGCCGAUAGACAACCUGACUCCGGAGGAGCGUGACGCUCGCACCGUGUUCUGUAUGCAGUUGGCGGCCAGGAUUCGACCUCGAGACCUUGAGGAGUUCUUCUCUGCUGUGGGGAAGGUCCGCGAUGUGAGGAUGAUCUCUGACAGGAACUCACGCAGAUCGAAGGGCAUCGCCUACAUCGAGUUUGUGGAGGCUAAUUCAGUUCCUCUGGCCAUUGGACUGACGGGACAAAGGCUGCUAGGAGUUCCUAUCAUCGUACAGGCUUCACAGGCUGAGAAGAACCGAGCAGCAGCAGCAGCCAACAACCUGCAGAAGGGCUCAUCAGGACCAAUGAGACUCUACGUGGGCUCCCUGCACUUCAACAUCACUGAGGAGAUGCUGAGAGGAAUCUUUGAGCCGUUCGGACGGAUUGAGACCAUCCAGCUGAUGAUGGACAGCGAGACUGGACGUUCUAAAGGCUACGGCUUCAUCACUUUUGCUGAUACAGAAUGUGCAAAGAAAGCUCUGGAGCAGCUGAAUGGCUUCGAGUUGGCGGGUCGACCCAUGAAGGUUGGUCAUGUGACUGAGAGGACCGACGCCUUCACAGCUUCAUCUUUCCUCGACAGUGACGAGCUUGAACGGACCGGCAUCGACCUCGGAACCACAGGACGACUGCAGCUGAUGGCCCGACUGGCUGAAGGUACAGGUCUACAGAUUCCUCCUGCAACUCAGCAGGCUCUGCAGAUGAGUGGAGCGAUCGCUAUAGGAGCCAUGGCUGCUGUGUCAGCGGCCAUGAAUCCAGCUCUCAACAUGAACAUGAACUCUGCAGCUCUGACUCUUCCGUCUCAGCCACUCGCCACACACUGCUUCCAGCUAGCCAACAUGUUCAACCCCAACAGUGAGGAGCCUCCUGGUUGGGAGGUGGACAUCCAGCAUGACGUCAUAGAGGAGUGUAACAAACAUGGAGGAGUCGUUCACAUCUACGUGGACAAGAACUCUGCUGAGGGAAACGUCUACGUGAAGUGUCCGUCAAUCCCCGCUGCCAUGGCUGCCGUCAACUCUCUACAUGGAAGAUACUUUGCUGGUAAGAUGAUCACAGCAGCAUAUGUCCCUCUGCCCACCUACCACAACCUAUUCCCAGAAUCCGCAAUCGCCACACAGCUGCUGGCCCCACCCCCACGACGAUGACUCACAGUGCAGCACUGCCCUCUGAUUGGACACUGGAGUAUAGAGCCUCCUCUUUUAUAUGUCCCUCUCCUAUUGGUCGACACAGACAAGUCAGUUUCUUUUUUUCUAGGUCAUGAAACUGUGAUGUGGGACACUGUUUAUUUUGUUUCCUGUUUAAUUCUGGUUUUGUCUCAUUAAUUCCAUGAGCGUUUGUGGGUGUGGCCUCUGCCCAGCCCCACCCAUUUUGAGUAUCGUCCAAUGUUUGAGCUCUGUGAGCUGUGAGGGGGAGAGGGUGUCAGCUGAUUAGUUGGUUUGGUAUUUAACUGUUUUCUAAUCAAGAAUUUGAUUUUGUAAAAUCCUUGAUUAAAUUUUAUUUUGAAGUCA